AUGGAAAAUCGUUUGCUCUUCUUCAUCAUGAUCUUCGUCACAUGUUACUCUAUGACAACACAACAAGCUCUGAAUUCAUCUUUCACUUCCUCUGGAGUGAGAUGCCUCCCCCAAAUAAGCUCUGCAUUGUUGCAACUAAAGCAAGAGUUUGUCUUUGAAAAGCGCAAUUACAAUCAUUUUUAUGAUCCAACUCCAUCUAAUGAGACCCUUUCUUACCCGAAGAUGAGGUUUUGGAAGGAAGGAAAGGACUGUUGUGAGUGGGAUGGUGUCACGUGUAGCAGCAAAACAGGACAAGUAAUAGGGCUUGAUCUGAGUUCCAGUUGGCUUCAAGGGCCUUUGCAUUCCAAUAGCAGCCUCUUCAGCUUACGUCAACUUCACCGGCUCAACCUUGCCUACAACAACUUCACUCUUUCCAAUAUUCCAUCAAGCUUUGCUCAUCUUUCGAGGUUAACCCAUCUUAACCUCUCUUACUCCUUUUUUUCUGGUCAAGUCCCUUCUGAAAUCUCUUUGUUGUCCAAUUUGAUGUCUUUUGAUAUCUCUUCUGAUAUUCACUAUGAUUAUGAUCGUGAGAUGGUUAUUAGCCUUUUAUAUAGCCCAACGAUAGCAUUUGCUCAAAACAUGACAAAAUUAAGAGAACUUCAUCUGAACAAUGUGAAUCUUUCUUCGCCACUACCUGAAUCUAUGGCUAACCUAUCCUCCUUGACAUCUCUAUCUCUUAGUGAUUGCAAUCUGUAUGGUGAAUUUUUGCAAAACAUUUUUCAUCUACUUAAUAUUCAAGUCAUCGAUGUGUCGUUCAAUCGAAACCUCAAUGGAAUAUUACCAUAUUCCAUUGGCAAUCUCAGAUUCUUAAGGGUUUUAGAUCUCUCAUCCUGUAAUUUUUCAGGGACCAUUCCAUCUUCAGUUAAGAAUUUAUCACAUCUUUCAUCGCUUGAAUUAAGUUCCAACAAUUUUGAUGGUCAACUUCCACCAGCUUUGUUCAUAAUGCCUUCCCUACAAUAUCUAGGGCUUGACCAUAAUCACUUUAAUGGCCCUCUAACUAUCCCAAAUGUCUCGUUAUCAUCCCAAUUGACACAACUUAAUUUGGCUGGGAACAAGCUAACCGGAAAAAUUCCAAGGUCAAUUUUUGAAAUGCGAAAACUUGAACAGCUGUACCUUAGUGACAAUAACUUAAGUGGCACAGAGAUGAGCGUGCUCUCAAAGCUGAGUCUGCUUCGAAUUCUUGAUCUUUCAUAUAAUAGUCUAGUUGUAAUGGAAAACACAACAACAAAUUCCACUAUAAUCUUCAAACUUCAUUAUUUGGGUUUGGCUUCAUGCAACAUUACAGAAUUUCCCAAGUUCCUAAAAACCCAAAAUGAGCUACAAGAUUUGGAUCUUUCCAACAACAAAAUUGAAGGCAAGAUCCCCAAAUGGUUCUUCACUGUAGGGGCUGAGACCUUGGGGAUAUUAGAUUUGUCUACAAAUUUCAUCACCGGUUGGGAACAAGUGCCGAAAGUGCUUCCGUGGAAAGCGUUGUCGACUCUUUACUUAAGACGCAACAUGUUUCGAGACACAUUACCAGCUCCACCAUUUUCUGUAACGUGGUUUGACAUUUCGAAUAACAACAUUAGUGGGAAAAUUCAUCCAUUGUUCUGUAACUUGACUAAUCUGGAAUCUCUCCAUAUGUCCAAUAACAACUUAAGCGGUGAGAUUCUUCCAUGUUUGGGUUCCAGUAGCUUCCUUCGAUACUUGAUAUUGUCUAGCAACAAAUUUGAGGGCUCUAUCCCAUCAUCUCUUGGGAAUUUGACUUUGCUUCAUCGUUUGGACCUCUCUAAGAAUAGACUCUCUGGUAGAAUUCCUGAGAUGGGAAACAACUCAUUGUUCUGCAGUUUAAGAAAUCUUGACGCUCUUGAUGUCUCAAAUAAUCAAUUAAGCGGCUCUAUUCCACAAUGCUUGGGAAGUUUCAGCUAUAAUCUUGAAGUGUUGAUUAUGAAAGAGAACAAUUUUAGUGGAGAAAUGCCUCAAACAUUUCUGGAUGGAAGUAGUCUAAUUACUCUUGACCUCAGUCAUAAUCAAUUAGAAGGAAUGGCUCCACAAUCUUUUGCAAGUUCUUGUGCUGCGUUCCAACAAAUUUCAUGGUCCAAUAUGGGAUCCCAAGAAGUUUAUGGGCUUUGA